CUCUCUUGUAAGCCACAUGCUUUGGUAACAUGAUUGAGAGAUCUUGUACACUCCCACAACCCUCCAUACGAACCCAAAGAAAGAUAAGAGAGGAAAAAGGAGCCACACAAUCCAAGAGAGGAGGAAAGAAGGUAACUGUCUGCAGGAAAACUUCCAGUGCGUAAGACUGAUUGUUUGCUUCAUAUCUUGAGCUCCAAUCGUCCAAAUAAGGCGUGUAAGGUGUCUUCUGAAAGCUCUCAAGACGAGUAAUCCGUGAAGGUCUGUUUUGCAGCAAACGGAGCAGUUUAAUGUUCCCAAAUAACCGAAGGCAGAAGCUACCUCGCAGAAUACAGUUUUGUAUUCAAAGAAACGAGUUAGCCGGAAAACACCCAUUCUAGGGGCUAUUUUCGUACCAACGAUUAAAGGUUGAACUAGCACUUUGAGGAGGCUGUUUGACACUCAUUUCUAAGCAAGUAAUCAGUUCUCAAGCUUCCUUGGCCGAGGCUUUGGUCAUUGGAUCGAGAAGGAAAGUUUUAAAACUCAUUUGAGAUCAAUCACUCGAACGGUCACUUUCUCAAGAACAGCAGAUAUGGACGCUCUUUCAAUGGGUAACGAUAGCAGACCCCCUAUCCUCAGGAGAGAUGAGUACGUUAUGUGGAAGAACAGAUUUCUCAACUUCCUCGAGAGCAAAGACAAUUCCUCAGCUAUGCUGGAAUCACUGACAGAGGGUCCAGCUCAAUUAUGGAUGGUUCUAGGAGGAGACGAUGAAAAUGAGCCCCCUGUCGACCAAGUGAAAGUUCCAAAACCAGUAGAGCUGUAUACUGAAGAGGACAGAUUGAGAGUCAAAGCUGAUUUAAUGGCAAAAACGUACCUACUCCAAGCAAUUCCGAAUGAUAUUUAUAUACUGAUUGACAGUAUGGAUUCUGCUAAGGAGAUGUGGGAUGAAAUCAGAAAGCUGAUGGAAGGAACCAACCUAGGUUUGAAAA